AAAAAAAUAUUUCUACACCAUUUCAACCUCAAUUUCGGAAAAAGUAACUUUUAUUUAGGAAAAUAUCAAGUCAUUUCCGGAAAAACUCAAAUCAAUUUCAGAAAAAGUAAUGGUAAUUUCGGAAAAAGUAAAGUUAAUUUCGGAAAAAGGAAAUUCAAAUUCGGAAAAUGUAAAUUCAUUCAUAGCUUACUUUUGCCGAAUUUGAAUUUACUUUUUCCGAAUUUGAAUUUACUUUUUCCGAAAUUAACUUUACUUUUUCUGAAAUUAAUUUGACUUUUUCCGGAAAUGACUUGACAUUUUCCUAAAUAAAAGUUACUUUUUCCGAAAUUGAUGUUGAAAUGGUGUAGAAUGAUUACGAAGUUAGUUCGUUUCGAAGGGGCUGAAAAACGACAACGAAUUUGGCAUUCGCAAUUCGCGAUCCUCAUCAUAUUCUGUGUGAACUACGCUAUAAUCAUAAUAUGUCAGCAUCAAAACGUUACGUCCACGUCAUUCAUAUGUCAUUUGAAAAGAACAACCAAAUAUUUUUUUUUCACAAAUUCGAACAAUAUGACCAAGAAGAUUGGUUGGAGUACAUUAAUUGGCUAUGGAAUCAUUUUCUGGGUAUUUCUUUGCCUCACGGACCUCCUUGGACCCCCAUACACGGAUGUUAUUACUGUCAAAGAAAUAGAAGAACUUUGUAGAAAACCAGACCUAAACCAACCCGAGUUCACUACAAGUCAACUGUUUAUAGUAAUUGGGAACUCACUCCUAGUUAUGUUAACCAUGGUAUUAUGCACAAUGUUUAUUAUUACAAGCCGAAUAGCCUGGAGUAUUUUUUCGAAGUGCAGAAAUAAAGAACCAUUCUCUAAAACAUGUUCACUAAACCAGUAUCCCGAACAAGCAAGCUCUAGAAACAUACCUGUUUCAUCAUCCAACAAAAAUGUUGAGGUUCAAACAAAGGUUGACAAUCUUUUGAAACGAUAUGGUAGGAAUUUGGAUGUUACAGCAAAAACUAGUAAAACAUGUUUACUGAACGAAUGCCCUACUGAAAAGGUAGAAAGCUCAAGAAAAAUACCUUUCAUAUGGGACCAAUCGCCAAACAAAAAUGGUGAUGUUCAAAAAAGCUGUCCUAAUCUUGUUGCAAAACGAAGCGGUAACAAUUUAGAAACAAUUGAUCAUACUGCAAAAACUUGUAGGUCGUUGUAUAGAACAAAUCUGUCUAUUCCUGAGAAUGGAGAUUUGGGAACUGAAGAACAAUUGAAUAUCGAAUGUGAAACAUUGAAAGAAGAAAUGCAUCGUGUGCAAAAUUUUUCGAUUAAAGAACACUCAUAUUUAUCCAGAAAUUUAGUUGAUGCGCUUAAAGAGAAUAAGGAAUUGACUAAACAAAUAGUAGUUUUAACAAAUGAAAAUACUAUUUUCAAGAAACAAAUCAGAUAUUUGUUCCAACAGAGAGAAAUGCUAACGCAAGAAUUAGAGUUAGCUAAAGUACAGUUCCAAUCUUUCUUAGAGAAAUCACAAGCUGUAGAGGCUAAAUUCAAGCAAUUCAGUGAUAAUAUUGAAAAUUUAAAAAAGAACCUCGUUCAAGCAUUCGAAAAUCACAAAGUAUUGGAGUAUAACCUACUUGUUUCGGAUAUUGAAAUUAUCAAAUUGAACAGCCGCGUCACUAAAAUGCUCAUUCGAUGGCAACAGCCAUUAUCAUCUGAGCUUGAUUACAGGACUAAACAGUUAUUGGAAAUAGAUGAUAAAAAUGGCAGUUACGUGCGAAAAAAUAUGGCCAUAUCUUGUGGGGAAUGUAAAAAAAAUCCUACUCAGUGCACCGAUCCAAAUCAAAAUGCAGUCACGCGAUCAGCAAUGGAUAUAAUGAAAAUCAAAGAAAAACUCAAAGAAUUGGAAGAACAUUUUGAAAAUUUAGCCUCAACCAGUGAUGAUGACAACUCGAGUCGUAACUCAUUGGAGCCCAAGGUGACCCUUUCCGGUACCGCCAUCGGAUCUCUAAAAACCAACGAAAUCCAGGAAAAACUAAAUAAAUUGGAGAAAAAUGCUCGAAAUUUAACCAGAGUUAGUGAUAAAUACGAUCAAAAUUCAACCAAAAGUAGUGAUGAUCAUGAUAACACGAACACCACUUAUGCAACUAUGGAGUCUGAUAUCACUCUUUCUUCCGAUUCUCUAAUUGAUCCUAAAUGCGAGGCAGAGUGGGAAACACAAUGUAGUGAACCCAGUCCUAGGCCAAUAUAUUGGUGUGAGAAGUUUGUAAAAGUAAUAAGACAGAAAGUUAUUGAACCUUCAAAUAUUCAAGAUCCAAUAAGAAUUCACCUCGCUAAGUGUAAGCAAUUUGGUAACAUGAGAACUGGAUCAACGCCAAAUUUUAUACAAGAACCUAAAAGGCUUGUAAGCAGUUCCAUAGCUUUUAAUAACUUUAUGAAAAAUUUAAAUAAAUUCGAUGCUCCAAAGAAGAUUAUUUCGAUCAACCAAGGAAUCUAUUUCUGAAUAUAUGUAAUUUGUUGAGCUGAAUAUAAAGAGUUUUUUUUUAAUUAAAUGAUUGUUUUUUUUUUUUUCAAUGUGUUUCAAAUUAUUGAGUUAUAAGUAUUUGUAACAACGAUGUAGCUUAGAAUUCCCCUGGAUUAUUGGAAAUUUUUAAAAUCAACUACAUCAAACUUGCUUUUAUUAAAAAAAUAGUUUGUCAUCCCUUGUUUAAUUCGCUUAUAUCCAGAUUUUGAAUUAGCUUUGUCAAUAAGGUAAUC